AUGUACUCCAACCCCGAUCCCUCCAUCGUCCGCGCCGGCCCCGACUUCUUCCUCGUCGCCUCCUCCUUCGAGUACGUCCCCGGGGGUUCUAUGUCCGCACCACCGAUAUCUGGGACUCGAGCUCGUGGUCGGAUCCCGUGUAUUUCGACCAGGUGGGGUGUGGAGCGCACCCCCCACGCCACCCUCAAGGACUUUGCGGUCCACGUCGUCACGGUGGACCUAGCCACCGGCGCCUCGACGCGGGGCCGCUCCUACUACCUCUUCACGGCGGAGGGCGGCACCGAGAACGGCCACUGCGAAUGGGUCAGCCGCAGCACGACCGGUCCGUUGGGCCCGUGGGAGGUCGGUCCGAAGAACCAGGACGAUCCGGUGGAGGAUGCGCAGGGCCAGUGGUGGGCGGUGCUGCUGGCGGUGCGCCCCGUCUGGCGGGAUUCCGGCUGGGAGGAAUCCGGGUUGGGCCGCAAGACCUUUCUGGUCCCCGUCGACUGGGAGGAUGACUGGCCGGUGGUCAACUGGUCAACCCGCGGGCAGACGAUCCCCCUGCAGUCCGACAGUGCCCUUCUGUACCGGUUGUCCACCCCCAUCGCGUGGCGCGAUGACUUCACCCGUCCCGACCUGCAGCUGGGGUGGUAUCGGAAGAACAGUCCUCUUGUGCGUGACUACUCCCUCCGCAAGCAGACCCACCGGUUCUGUGUGUGGGAGACGCGGCUGUCCUUCCACGCGACGGGCAGCGGUUCAUCCGGCGGCGACUGGCCCGGGGCGAGACGGUGGAGUGCGCGUUGGGUCCGAGGCGGUCGGAUGUGCGGCUUGUGGUGGAGUGCGGGGACUGCGAUCGGGUUGGGGUUGAGGAGACUGGCGAUGAGGAUGAGGAUGAGGAUGAGGAUGAGGAUGAGGAUGCGGAUGUGCGGUGGGUGGGGGGCGGUGGAGAAUGGGGAUGAUGCUGAGGCUGUACGCGUUUGGGGAGCGGCAGCGGUGGAGGGCAGCCUGAUCGGAGGGAGGUGUCAGGCUGGUGGGUGUGUUCAAGUCUGCGGGGGAUCCCCGGUGGAACCAGAUCAUCUAUGA